UAUACAUGCAUCUCGUAACAUGUCUUUAAUCAGAAGUGUCGGUAGAUAUGUAAAUCAGGUCAUCCACAGCUAUAUAAAGGGUAGCUAGCAAUAACAGUCUCCUUAAACCUUAGAUAUACUUAGCAGUGUUGUUGGUUUGUACACUUCAAUGGCUUCAAGCUCAAAUUGGACAGCAAAACAAAACAAAAGAUUUGAGAAUGCACUAGCAAUGUUGGAGAAGGACACUCCAGAUCGUUGGCAGAAGGUGGCUAGAGCUGUGGGAGGAAAGACAGUAGAAGAAGUGAAAAGACAUUAUGAGAAGCUUGUUGAAGAUGUGAAGCUGAUUGAGGAAGGACAUGUUCCACUGCCCAAAUACACAAAUAAUGGUUGCAGUUACAUGAUGGAUCAACAAGAUAAAAGGAUGAAGGCUCUAAGUCUCCAGUAAGUGUUAUUAUGAAGGAAUAGUUCAAUAAAAUAUUACAUUUGCCAUUUUUUUUCUCUGUAUUUCCUGUACUUCCCUAUACAAUUGUAAAAAAAUAAUGCAUUUACUAUAUAUGCAAAGAUAAAGUUAUA